AUGGAAGAGUUCAAGAUACCCAUGAUAAGUACCAAUUUCUUGGAUGAUCUCAAAGCGAUUGUGAAAAAUGAAUCUAAUGCCUCAUUAUUGGCUGGAGGUAUAGCUGGUGCUGUUUCAAGAACAGUAGUAUCACCAUUUGAGAGAGCAAAGAUUUUACUUCAGUUACAAGGACCAGGAGCACAACAUGCAUAUAAUGGGAUGUUCCCAACUAUUCUAAAAAUGUAUCGAGAUGAAGGUUGGAGAGGAUGGUUUAGAGGAAACCUGUUGAAUUGUAUUAGAAUAUUUCCAUAUAGUGCUAUCCAGUUUGCUGUGUUUGAGAAGUGUAAAGAAAAAUUGAUUGAACUCAAUCCAAGAGACUCUAAACAGUUGAAUGGAUAUGAAAGAUUAUUUGCCGGUUCAAUGGGAGGAAUUGCUUCAGUGGCAGCCACAUAUCCUCUUGAUUUAGUGCGAGCAAGAAUAACUGUCCAAACUGCUUCUUUGAGCAAAUUAAAUCGAGGAAAAUUGGUUGAAGCCCCAACUGUUGUUCAAACUUUAAGAGAUGUCUAUAGAAAUGAAGGAGGAAUCCUUGCACUUUUUAGAGGGAUCGUACCAACUACAAUGGGUGUUGCACCUUACGUAGCUAUAAAUUUUGCAUUAUAUGAGAAAUUAAGAGAAUAUAUGGAUACUUCUCCCAAAAAUUUCUCAAAUCCUGUUUGGAAACUUUCAGCAGGAGCAUUUAGUAGUUUUGUUGGAGGGGUAUUAAUUUAUCCAUUGGAUGUUUUGAGAAAGAGAUAUCAAGUUGCAAGUAUGGCCGGAGGUGAAUUAGGAUUCCAAUAUAGAUCAGUCAUGCAUGCAUUAGUUUCAAUCUUUAGAACUGAAGGGUUCUUUGGUGCAUAUAAAGGAUUGACUGCUAAUUUAUAUAAGAUCGUUCCUUCCAUGGCUGUAAGCUGGCUCUGCUAUGAUACCUUAAAGGACAUGAUUAAGAAGUGGUGA